AGAGUUGGACUCAAAAACUAUCCUCCACAACAUCAUAUAAAUAUACUAUUCCAAACCCUUAUGCCCGCUUGCUUUAUUUUCUCUUUACUAUUUUCAAACCCUUCUGUAAUUUUGUGUACGCCGCCAUGGCAGUACUGAGCCACCUCAGAGUGGCGAUGCGGCCCCUUGUUUCACAUCGGCUUGGUCUCAUUCGAGCUUAUGGAUCAGCGUCUGCGGCUCAGUUGGACUAUGAUUACUACUAUUAUGAUGAUGAAGAGGAACAACGGGGGAACGGGAAGCGGAGGGCAAUGGAGGAAUCCGAGGAGGGGUGUGAUAGGGUAGGGCGGGGAGUACAAUGGGUCGUUAUUGGUGAUCCAGUGGUAAGGCGACACGUCUACGCUGAAAGGCUCUCGAAGCUUCUGGAUGUUCCGCAUAUUUCAAUGGGUACACUUGUUCGUCAAGAGCUGCACCCUCAUUCUGCCCUUUACAAACAGAUUGCAAGUGCGGUGAACCAAGGGAAACUAGUACCUGAGGAAGUAAUUUUUGGGUUGUUGUCGAAGAGACUGGAGGAAGGGUACUGCAGGGGUGAAACCGGCUUUAUUUUGGAUGGAGUACCUCGCACCAGAAUUCAGGCUGAAAUCCUGGACCGAAUUACUGAUAUAGACUUGGUGCUGAAUCUUAAAUGCACAGAGCAUAUGGUAAAGAAAGAUCUAGGCAAUCGAACUUAUUCUCGUUCUCGAGAUUUUCAUUGCUUGGCUGGCUCGGGAUUCAAUUUAAAUCUUCAGCCAAAAGAUGGCCAACUGGAAUCUUCCUGUGCUGACAAAGAUACUGCCUGUAAGGAGAAACUUCGUGCGUACUUAGAGCAGAGGAAGCCCGUCGAAGAAUACUAUAAGAAGCAGAAGAAGCUUCUCGAGUUUCAUGUGGCUGGCGCGCCCGGGGACACUUGGCAAGGUCUUUUGGCUGCAUUGCAUCUGCAGCACAUGAAUGCUGUCUGUUCUUCUCUCAAUUCACCCCAGAAGUUGGUAGCUUGAUUUUGAAAGAUUCAAUUUCUGAUAGUCAUUCCAGUGGGGUAGUAAAUACAAAGAAAUACAGAUAUAGUAGAGUUCGUAGUAAUUUUGUAGUAAAUGCAUCUACUUUUUGGCAGACGAAAUGUUCGAGUGUUUGUUCGUUAAGUAAUAUGUUCUAGAGAAAUUAGUGUAACUUCAGAAUGAAAUGGAGAGAAGUAAAAUUUGGCUUAUUUUUCGCAUUAUACAUGGCAAAAAUUUGCUCUUCA